AUGAAAUACCCUGUGAUAUUUAAGUGUCUAGGACACGGCAUUGAAAGAUGGCUAGAAAUAUGCGAAAACGGGCCUGUGGGUGUCCGUUUUUCCAAGAACGUCAUUCCUUUGGCGCGCACAAGCAGCUCUAUCAUAGUAACAGACAAGCCUGUUUCUCUUGGAUAUAGGAUCAAAAUAAGCGGAAACAGUCCGCUGACCAUAGAGUCCGGCGUGCACAUAGCCGACCUAUACACUGUGAAAGACGGCAGCUACACAUACACGCCCGUGUACAACCGGCCAAUUGUGCCGGACUUCACCACUCCAUAUCUUGUGUUUGGCCUGUGCGGCGGCACGAUUGUGUGCAUUGUCAGCGCAUUUAGCAAAGUGCUGUUGGACAUCCUAUAA